AUGGUGUUGAUAUCGGGCUAUAGUUCAGAAUCUGAUUUAGAAUUAUCAGCGAAUGCCAACAACGGUUCUUCAGAUGGAUUACGUCCGUAUCUACCAAACGAUGAGAAUUUAAAAGGGCGGACCGCAUUAGAAGACAAACAAACUGUGGAAACAGAGCAUAGAGUCAAGAGAGCUAGAGGGCCAAAGGGAGCCAACUCCUCCAGUAAGCAUAAAAAGCGUAAGGGAAAAGGACCUUGGGCUUCAUGGUCAUCAUCCUCCGAAGACAACAGCGAUGAUCCUGAGGAUAAGAACCGAAGAUCCUCCAGUAACAUCAACACACCUGUAGUGUAUAAGGAUGACGAUGUGGAGGUACAAGAAAAUGGUGAUCAUUUGGCCUCGAAAGAAACAAGCGAUUUUUAUGGGAACUCUGCCACAGAUUAUCAAGGCCGCAGUUUUCUCCAUCCCCCUAUUGAAGAAAACAUCGACUUCGCAAAAGCACCGCUAUCUUUCCGUAAUUAUUUGCCCAAAAAGCUGAUACACAAAUUUGCCGGUCAUGGAAAUGGCACCACUGUGGUUAGAAUGCUACCCAAAACGGGACAUCUUUUUUUGUCUGGUGGAAAUGACAACAAGGUCAAACUUUGGGACAUGUACCACGACCGAUCAUUGCUCAGGGAUUAUUACGGCCAUUCAAAAGCUAUUAAAGAUGUUAAUUUUACUGAAGAUGGCCAUCAAUUUCUCAGCACCUCCUUUGACCAAUAUGUGAAAAUAUGGGACGUUGAAACCGGGAGAGUAAACAACAGACUCAAUUUUUCCUGUACACCAAACUGCGCAAGCUUCCGUCCGUCAAAUUCGAACGAGUUGAUUGUAGGAUUGUCCAACAGAGAAAUCAGACACUUUGAUUUGAGAGUAUCUGACAAGAAUGGUUUGGUUCAAGUUUACGACCAUCACUUAUCAUCAAUUAUUGCAUUGAAGUACUUUCCAGAUGGAUCUAAACUCAUUUCUUCGUCAGAAGACAAAACAAUGCAAAUUUGGGAGAAUCAAAUAAAUAUUCCAAUCAAGCAAAUAAGCGAUACGGCGCAAUACUCAAUGCCAUAUAUUGAUAUACACCCUGAGCACAAUUAUUUCGCUGCACAAAGUAUGGAUAAUACUAUUUAUCCAUUUUCCAUGAAACCAAAGUACAAGCGACACCCGAAAAAAAGGUUCGAAGGUCACAAGUGCGCAGGUUUUGGGAUCGGUUUUGGGUUCUCUUCGGAUGGUAGAUAUAUUGCCUCUGGUGAUUCUAAAGGUGGGGUUUUCAUCUGGGACUGGAAAACAACACGAUUGCUUAAACAAUUCGAAGUUCCUGGCAAAAAGGCUAUCGUGACAUUAGCGUGGGCUCCACAAGAGACCAGCAAAAUAGUGUGCGCAGGCAAUGGGGAGAAAAUCUAUUUAUAUGAUUAA